CCUGCUGACGCGAGGUGUCCACUGUCAAAGUGUGCACACCGAGAAUGGUAAACUACGUGAUACUUAUCCUUUGGUUUUUGCGGUUUUCCGCACAUGUUCCCACUAUAUACUGAUGAGGUAAUAUAAACACUGCUCUCCAUCACCGCAGAAUUUGACAUCCGUGAAGGCGGGAGACGUUGGAUGGGAGAAAUCAUCAAAUGGGACUCGCGUGUCGACCUGGCUUCGCUCUGCUGUUCGUAAUAUUAAUUGGAGCAGUGUGUUUUUGCUUGGGCGUGAUUUCCUUCAGCUGUAAAGGAGCCGCGCAGAAUCCGUUCGGAUGGGCCGGCUGCUGGACACCGGAAUACCGUUUUUUCUCCAUCGGGAAUGGGGAGGCUGACAGUCCGGACAGUCCGCCGCGUGAAGAUCCCCAGAUCCGGGAAGACGUGGAGGAAAAACACAGGCUCAUCAGUAAAGAUCCUUUAUCCUCCUCAACAUCGGCACCAGCCGAAAUCAGUUCCUACGACGCCUUCGACCGUUUCGCCAUCUCACCCUUGCCAUGCUCAAACAGCACGCCGCCGUUUGUCUUGCUCAUCGUCUUCACGCGUCCCGACGCCUUUCUCCGCCGGGACACCAUCCGACGCACAUACGGCUCACUGGCCGUGGAAAGCGGCACACACCGGCACACCUGCUCACACGGCCGACCGGAUGCGGGCCGCGGUGUGCCGCUGGGAUUUCGGUUGUUGUUUAUUGUCGGUCUGACUGUGUCCGGGGCUAUUCAGAGGGGAAUCGCUGACGAGGCCGCUCGCACCGGUGACAUUAUUCAGACAGAGGCGUUCGUCGACGACUACGGUCAAGCCACACGCAAAGGUUUGGCCUUGAUUCACUGGAGCCUUCUCCACUGCCCACAAGCCACCUUCGUGGCCAAAGCCGACGACGACUGCUUUAUCAAUCCACCCCUCCUCCUCAGUAGUUUGCGGCACGCCGAGGACAAAACACCCUCCAUCCUCGGGCAUUUCUGGCCGGCCGGGGCCCCGGUGAUCCGUGACCCGAAGAACAAAUGGGCUGUCCCGGUGGCCGACUUCCCGGAGAAGCACUUCCCGCCCUACAUGUCCGGGAUUCUCUACACAUUCCACCGUCUGACUCUUGCCCCGCUGGCCCACGCAGCCAGGACGCUAAAGUAUUUAUGGCACGAUGAUGUCUUUCUCACCGGUCUGGCGGCCCGCGCCGCCCAGAUCCCGCAUAUUGGCCUAGGCGGGUACGAUCCCAAGGGCGGCGCCUGGAAUAAGGGAUGCAGUAAGGGAGCACAUUUGGCGGUGCACUACGUGGAUGACUCGAAGAUGUGGAAAAUGUGGAAUGAUACGUGUGUGAAUUAUGUUGUUCCUUGUUAAAUAAGUAUUCUGAGCGCGUGGAAUUCUCUUGACUGUGAGAUUAAGAUGUCGGCUUUUACUUGGAAUGUUUUGAGUGGUUUUAAAUUUUACCUUGUUUUGAUGGUGAUCAUUAUAAAUUUAAUAGUUUUGCGGACUCGAGUUGAUGUAAUUGUAAUGCUGAUGCGUACGAAUAGUCUCUACGGUGAAGAAAGAAAUUUUAAAAGGUUCGAUUCGAUUAUAAAAUUGGUCAGCGGAGUUUCGAUAA